AUGUCGGUAGCCGACCCGGUGGUGUGCGAGAGCACGGUUGCGAUGCACGACGAGCCUACGAUCGCGGCGAUGGACCUGCCGAUCGCGUCGCCCGCCGCGCAGCAGUACUUUGCGGCGCACCCGCGUCGCCCGCACGUGUACUUUGGCGACUACCUGCUGCUGCAGACGCUGGGCGAGGGCGAGUUUGGCAAGGUCAAGCUGGGCGUGCACCGCCACUUUGGCGAGGAGACGGCGAUCAAGCUGAUCAAGCGCGAGAUGGUGGCGGCGGCGGAGGAGCACCAGGCGGACGGGAGCAAGAUGAGCAAGGUCGAGCGCGAGAUCUCGGUGCUGCGCCUGCUGCGCCAUCCCAACAUUGUGCAUCUGUACGAGGUGAUUGAGUCGGAGCGGUACAUCGGCAUCGUGCUCGAGUACGGCGCGGGUGGCGAGCUGUUUGACUACAUUCUCGCGCAAAAGUGCCUCAAGGAGCGCGAGGCGUGCCGCCUCUUUGCGCAGCUCGUCUCGGGCGUCUCGUACCUGCACCGCAAAAAGAUCAUCCACCGCGACCUGAAGCUCGAGAACCUGCUCCUCGACCGCCACCGCAAUGUGAUCAUCACCGAUUUUGGCUUUGCGAACAAUUUCAGCGCCCGCAGCAACGACCUGAUGGCGACGAGCUGCGGCAGUCCGUGCUACGCGGCGCCCGAGCUCGUCGUGCAGGACGGCAUGUACGUCGGCGCGGCCGUCGACGUGUGGUCGUGCGGCGUGAUCCUGUAUGCCAUGCUCGCCGGCUACCUGCCGUUCGACGACGACCCCGCGAACCCUGACGGCGACAAUAUCAAUAUGCUGUACAAGUACAUUAUGGCCACCCCUCUUUCCUUCCCCGACUAUAUCACCGCCGAGCCGCGCUCCCUGCUCCUGCGCAUGCUCGUGCCGGACCCCGCGAAGCGCGCGACGCUCGACGAGGUCAUGGCCCACCCGUGGCUCGCGCCGUACCGCGACCUCUUCCACUUCUCCGUCGAGGAGCUUGAAAGCGCCGCUGUCGAGCAGCAGGCGCAGAAGCGCCAGGCGUUCCGCGACCAGAUGGUCCAGCCGUCCAAGAGCGCCAUGCCGCCGUCGCUGUCCCUCCCUGCCGUGCCGGCGCGCGAGCCGGACGCGGUGCCUGUGUCGGCGACGCUCCCAGCGCUGCCGACCGCGCCGGCUGUGCCGACCGAGGCGCCCAAGCGCAAGAGCGAGGCAGACGAGCCCAAGGCGCGCACCAAGCCGCGCGUCAGCGACGCCGAGCGCCCGUGGUCGUGGCAUGCGCCGCCCAAGAGCGCACCGCGUCCCGAGUCGCGCCUAGCACCGCCGCUGUCGUACCAACAUGGCGGCAUGACGAUGCUCGCGCCCGUGUCUGUGCCGCGUCGUGACGGACCGACGUCGUUCGGCCAGGAGCCACCGAGUCUGACGUCCUUCCUCCCGCCGAUGUGGAACGACAAGCGGCCGCGCAAGGCGUCGCUGCCGAAGGACGAGGCGGCGCCCCCCGUGGCGGCGCCCGACGCCGCGGCACCGCCGCGAGCGAGGCCGACGUCCCUGCCCAUGCCGCCGCCCGUGCCGCCUGUGCCGGCGGCGCCCGCCGUCGCGGCACCGCCGCUCGUCUUUCCCCCGCAAACGCGGCCGACGUCGAUGCCCGUGCCGGCGCCCGCGACCGAGCCUCUCGCCCCCGCUGCGCCUCCUGCCCCCGCUGCGCCUCUCGCCCCUGCCCCCGCCGUGUCGUUCGCGCGCACGUCGCUGGAUACCUCGCGCGAGACGCCCGUCCGCCGCACUACGUGGUGGCCGCGCCUGCCAGGUGCAGCGCCCGAGGAACGGCCGCGCCCCAAGUCGAUGGACGUCGAGCGGCCGCUCUCGCUCGAAGAAGAGCGCGUGCAGUGGCAGCGCCGCGAGGCGGAGCGACUCGAGUCGGAGCGCGCCGAGCGCCAGCGCCGCGACGCGGUACGCGAAGAGCAGGCCGAGCUGGACCAGGGCUACCGCCAGGCGCGCGACCGCCUCGAGGGACAGUACCAGCGCCAGCGGCAAGUGAGCAUCCUCGAAGUCGCGGGCGCGAUGGAAAAGCGACUCAGCGCGCAUGUCGGCACGGUCGAUCCAGCGGCGCUGACGACGCGGCAUCCCGACGAGGUGUUUGCCGAGAUCCUCGACGUGCUGCACCGCAUGGGCAUCGCCGUGCGCCGCACGCGCGGCGAGCUCGUCGUCGAGUGCCUGCGCCCCAAGCGCCUGAACGCGCUCGAGCGCCUCUUUGCGAGCCGGCGGCAGGAACAGGCGCGCCAAAAGUGGGUCAAGGGCGGCGCACCCGCGCCGCCGCGUGUCUCGGACGUCGAGCGCGGCAUGCACCGCCUGAGCGUCAGCGGCCUGCCGGCGUCCCACACCGCGCAGUCGCUCGACGCGUUCGCCGCGCCGAGCACCGCGCCCGAGUACGGCAGCGCAGCGUCGAGCGACGGCGGCCACGAGGUGCGCUUCGCCGUCGGCAUCACUCGGAUCCCGCGUCUCCAGGGGCUGUACAGCGUCGACAUUCGCCGCCUCAAGGGCAACGCAUGGUCCUACAAGUUUGUCUAUGAUACCUUGCUCCAGCGCCUCGAUCUCGGUAGUCAUGUGUAG